AUGGCGGCUAACGCUCCCACUAACCCGUCGCAGCUGCUGCCUCUAGAGCUUGUGGACAAGUGUGUAGGAUCAAGCAUUCACAUCGUGAUGAAGAGUGAUAAGGAAAUUGUUGGCACGCUUCUAGGAUUUGAUGACUUUGUCAAUAUGGUACUGGGAGAUGUCACCGAGUUUGAAGUCACACCAGAAGGAAGAAGGAUCACUAAAUUAGACCAGAUUGUGCUGAAUGGAAAUAAUAUAACAAUGCUGGGUCCUGGAGGAGAAGGACCUGAAGUGUGAAUGGA